AUGCCGUCGUUAGGUGGCCUCGCGGGAUGUGUCGUAGCCGGACGGCUAGCGGAGGCAGAUCGCAACUUGUCCAUCCUAGUCAUAGAGCAAGGCCCAAACAGCUAUGGCAUGCCUGAAGUUGUCCACCCAGCACUCUAUCCGCGAAAUCUGUUCCCCAGCAGCAAGAUUACGCUUUUCUGGCCAGCGAAGAAGGCACCGAAGCUGGCUAACCGAUCCCCAAUUGUGCCAUCUGGAGGCACUCUGGGUGGAGGGUCUGCUAUAAACUGGAUGGUAUAUACCCGGGCUCAGCGAUCGGACUUCGAUUCAUGGAAAACGCCUGGGUGGUCUGCUGAUGAGAUGCUCCCAUACCUCAACAAACUCGAGACCUACCAUGGCAAGGGUGACAAAGACCGACACGGCUUUGAUGGCCCUGUCAAUAUUUCCAAGGGCACCCACGUCUGCGGUCGGGCAGAGAAUGCUUUUGUCGAAGCGGCCGCGAAGCUCGGCUACCCCGAGGUGCAGGAUCUGCAAAACCUCGACGCCAACAAUGCCAUAGAGCGCUACUACCGGUACGUUGGGCCAAAUGGACGACGUCAGGAUUCCGCACAUCGAUACCUGCAUCCCAAGCUGCAAGGUACAGAGUAUCCGAACCUACAUGUGCUGGUGGAGAAACAAGUUUUGAAGGUCCUCUUCGACGACAACAAGCGAGCCGUUGGGGUCGAGUACCAAACGAACCCCAAAUACCUUGCUAACCCUGAGUUUCUGUCCACUGCAUACACCGCUCGACGCACGGUCAGGGCCCGUAAGUUGGUAGUCCUUUCGGCCGGGGCCAUUGCCACACCAGGUAUCCUUGAGCGGUCGGGCGUUGGUGAUUCUAAAGUCCUGCAGGCCGCGGGAAUUCCCGUAGUUGAAGACCUUCCCGGCGUCGGAAACGACUAUCAGGAUCAUCACCUCUCCUUGUGGGCUUAUCGAACAAAUCUCACCCCGCGCGAGACUAUCAAUGGCUACCAGGACGGCCGGGUUAAUAUCGACGAGGCUAUCAAAAACUCUGAUGAGCUUCUCGGCACGAACGCAAUGGAUGCUCAGGGCAAGUUCCGCCCGACUGAAGCUGAAGUUGAGGCCCUCGGACCAGAGUUCAAGAAAGCUUGGGACCGUGACUUCAAGGACGCUCCUGAUAGGCCUCUCAUGAUUCUUGCUUUGUAUUGUUGCUACUACGGUGAUCAUUCCAUUCUUCCAGACGACGCCGAGUAUGUCUCAAUGGCAAAUUGGACGGCGUACCCGUACUCUCGCGGCCAUGUCCACAUCACAGGCCCGGCCAUGUCCGACCCGGUCGACUUCAACACCGGCUGGCUUACCGAUCCAGGAGACGUGGACGUAAAGAAACACAUCUGGGCGUACAAGGUGACUCGCGAGAUGUGGCGACGCAUGCCCAUCUUCCGCGGCGAGCUGGCACCCAACCACCCUCGUUUCCCCGCAGGAUCCAAAGCCGCCAUCAUCGAAAGGGCCGACGGGCCUGUCACGACCGAUGAUAACUCGCGCAUCGAGUACUCAGCAGAGGACGACAAGGCGAUUGAUCAGAAAGUCCGUGAGAUCCUGUCUACAACUUGGCAUUCGCUGGGGACUUGCAAGAUGGCGCCGAGAGAAAACAAGGGCGUGGUGGACAGAGAUUUGAACGUUUAUGGCGUGAAAGGACUUAAGCUUGCUGACUUGAGUGUGCCUCCUGAGAAUGUGGGCGCGAAUACUGGCAACACCGCCUUUGUGGUUGGAGAAAAAGCUGCGGAUAUCUUUAUCCAAGAACUCGGCCUUGACAAGGGUAAGGCUCAAACCCAAGUUACAUUGUAG